CUAAAAAAUAAUAGGAAAAGAAAUGCAAUCAGAACAAGCAUGGCAUGGUUUGAAAUCUUGUAAAUUUAACUAUUCAGAAGUAAACCUUUUUAGAGAAAAUAGAAAAUUCAUAUAAAACCUUAAGAUUGUAUAAAGGAUUUUGCAGGAGGAGAAAUUCAACAUCCAUUAGGAAGAGUACAUUAUGAUCCAAAAUUUGGAGAUCCUUAUACAUGGAUACCUCAUCUUAAAACUAAGAUACCUAGACCUGGAGAUGGAAAAUCAUAAGAAUUUCCUCCUGGUAUAAGAUAGCAGUUAUCAUAUUAGGAAAAUAAUUUAUUGAACAUCAUCCAUAAGAAAAGAAACCUAGAGCAUAAAGAUUACAUUUAAAAGAAGGAUAAUCUGGACAUAUAGAGGAUGUUUCAUAUGGCAUUAAAACAUUUCCACCUAUACAUUGUGAAUAAAGACAUGAGAUUGAAGAAAUGAUGGGAAAAAAGUAAAGGUUAGAAUAUCUCUAUUAAAUGAGAAAUGGGUAAUUAAAAUAAUUAAAUUUAGAUUACCAGUGGCAUCAUUAGGAGAUAAAAUUUAUAAAAAUCCAGACUAUGCACCUGAUUUUUUUAAGGAAGGUGGCUUAAUUACAGGAUCUAGUAAUAUUUAAAGAAAAGUUAAUAUUAAUUAAUUACAUGAAAAAGAAAUGGAAAAAAAAAUUUAAUUAAUUUAAUCAAAGAUUAAAAAAGGAACUCUUUGGACUAAUAAACUUAAAAUGGAUUAAGAUGCAGAAAAAAAAUAAGAUAUUGAAGUAAAAAAAUAAUAUUAUCAUUAUAGGAUUUAGAUACAUGGAUUGAAACUACAUUAAAACCUUCUAAUCCAAAUUAUUAAGAUCCUGAUAAAUUUUUUGAAAAUUUAGAAAAAUAAUAAGCUUAAGAUCCUAAAAAAGCAUAAGCUAAUUAAAAAAAAGCUGGAAAGAAAUGA